GAUGAGCACUAAUAAUUGGUGCUUGGUAGAUGAUGGAACUUUGGAUAUUCCUGAAGAUGCCAGAAAAUUCAACAGGCUAACAGAGAAGGGCCUGGACUUGCCCUUCAACAUUAUGAAACAAGUUCUUCCUGCACCAAAAAGGCUACCACUGAAUCUUAUUGUCAGUGUAACCCUAUGUAACACCACGCCCACGUCCAAUGAAGAGUACGACAGGGACAUCAAGCACUGCUUACGCCUGAUACUUGCCCACUUAGAACCACAGGAUAGAUUUGGACUUGUGGUUCUAGGUAGAUCAGGCGAAAGAGAGCCUGUUCCUGCAGCUUCUACUUUCUACGGCAUGACUUCUUCUUCGUGGAGUGGUUGGGAAGAAAUCAUUGAAGACCUGGAGAGUUAUGCCUCUGGAACACGUUGCGAGAUGUCUAGCGUUGUGAGGAGUUUGAAGAAGCUGUGUAUUGUGGUUCCAGAACUGUGUGAUGAAGGUGUCAUAAAGAAGCUUGUUCUCAUACGAUGUGCUGAUGCCCUUGAUGUUUUUACUCCUGAUGACUUCCAGUGGAUCAUGGAUAAAGGUUUUAGUCUCUGUGACUGUCUUGUCUCUGAGCACUACGAUGAGACGACGGAUUCUUUGGUUCAACUGAUACACAAUGAACACCGCUACCAGUACCAACUGGCCAGGUACCGAGAUUUCAGCCAAUUCCACUCCAAGGUCACCAACAUGGUUGAACAUUUCCAAAAGGUCUAUACCAGCGAUUUCCAAUUGACAAUGGAGAUCGAAGAGUCAUCACCAUUUGCAUUUGCACAAGUUGAAAGCCAUGGAGAUAUGUGCACGCCACAGGAUCCACACCAUUUAACUAUAAGCUUAAAGGACCUGGAAGAUGGGUAUUACCAUAAUUCCAGAUUCGACAUCGCCAUUGACACUAAGAAACUGUGUGAAUCGUAUCCAUUGGUGAAGAACGCCUACCAUGAUGUAUCCAUCUUGAAAUGGCAGUACAAAUGGAGAGGUAAAACGGUUACUAAAGAGCUCAGUGUCACGCUCGGGAUCAGUAAUGCUGAUAACACGAGCUCCACCUCGCCUGUGGAUAGAAGCUUCACCGGCACUAGAAGCUCGAGUUAUAUGGAUAUUCCUCUUCUGCCACCUUUGUCCAGUUUCAAAGACUCAUUGUACAUCAAAAAGCAGGUUGAAUUGUUAGUCAUCGAGACGCUUACACAGAACAACAUGAGCGUUCACGAACUGAUUUCCAUGAUCUUUGGGCUGAUACGGGGCUGCUCAACCAACCAUGUAAUGUUCUUCAAACAUUCGAGAUUCAACAAGUUCAAGAACUUUAGCAUGUAUAUGGAUCAACUUCUCAGCCAACUAGGCGCAAUUGAAGACGAGACUUCUAGGAAAGACAUCUUAUACAGUUUGAAAUUUCGGGAGGAGGUAUAGCUUCUUAAUAUGUACACCUAAUGAAAACAGUUGAUUGGUUUAGCUGACUGACGUAGGCUUGCGAGAUCAAGCAGCUGUGGCUUCAGGGUCCUUCUUCUUCUUCUUCUUCUCCUCAACUUGCUCCACUUUGAUGUCAUUGAGCCCCUUUUCCUUCAACAAGGACGUGAUGUAUGCUUCAACCUGAUCACCAACGUCACCUUGAACAACAAUCUCCUCCUUCUUAUCUGCGCCCUUUGUGACAGAGCAGCCAGUAGCAAACUUCGAAGCAAACGUCUUUGCCAGCUUCUUCAUGUCAAUAUCAAACACCUCCAAACCUGAGAUGGCGAUGGCAUGUUUUCUCUUGGUUCUCUCGAUUCUCUUCAACGUCACUUUGGACUCCAACUUCUUCUUCAACUCCCUCUCCUGCUUGGCCUCUUCCUUGGCCUGUUUCUUCUGUAAGUCCUUCUCAAUCUUCUCCUG